AUGGACACACACAAUAGAUCAUAUGAUUUGAAGCCCUCACUUGCAGUACGAGUCUAUGCGCACCCGCAUGUCCAGGCCCGCCUCGAGAAGCACAUGGGAUCCAACUUGGUGCGGCUCAAGGGCAAGAGCUACAUGACCGAUGUGGAGGAGAGGAUCCGGGCGAUCAAUGAGGAGAACCUCAACAAAAGAAUAUCCGCCAGAGUUCUAGAUGAAAUGGAAAGGUUGAAACGUCUCAUCCUAGUUGGGAAAACACCUCUGAAGGAAUGCCCGCCUGAACUAUACCACCACCCCGUCUUCGUGUUUUGGCGGAUGGUAACCCGUGAAGUCGCCAAAGCAUCCAAGAAACGAGCUGACGCAUUAGAUAGAUAGAUAGAUAGAUAUAUCG